AGCCGCGUCCUCGUGCAGCUCACGUUCUUCAUUCUCGUGACGCUGCUCCUCAUCAACGUCUUCACGGGCAUCAUCCUGGACACGUUCUCGAGCCUGCGGGAGGAGCUCAGCGGGCGCAAGGAGAAGGAGAAGUACGAGUGCUUCGUCUGCGGCGUCGACCGGACGACGCUCGACGACUUCGGCAUCGACAAGGAGGACCACGAGACGCACGAGCACAACAAGUGGGACUACCUCCUCUACCUCGACCACGUGCGG